GGAAGUCUGGGUGAUCAGAAACAUGGAGUUUAGUGUUCUCCUCCUCCUUGUUCUGACUGUAUUCACGGGUCUCUUUCUGCUCUUGUCAAGGAACCACUCAAAGAAACAUGAAUGCCUCCCUCCUGGACCCCGUCCCCUUCCCGUCCUGGGAAACCUUCUUCAGAUGGACAGAAAGGGCCUGCUCAACUCCUUCCUAAAGAUGAGAGAACAAUAUGGGGAUGUAUUCACUGUGCACAUGGGACCAAGGCCUGUGGUCAUAGUAUGUGGAACAAAGAACAUCCGGGAGGCCCUGGUGGACAAAGGUGAUGCCUUCUCUGGUCGGAGGAACAUUGCUGUGAUGAGCCCACUUUUCCAAGAAUAUGGUAAUGUCUUUGGUAAUAAUAAACGUUGGAAGUUCUUACGAAAAUUUGUUCUGGCCUCCAUGAGAGACAUUGGAAUGGGAAUGCGGAGCAUUGAGAAGCAAAUUCAGGAGGAGGCUCAGUGUCUGGUGGAGGAGCUGCACAAUACUAAUGGAACUCUCCAGGAUUCAAUCUUGUUCCACUCCGUCAGUGCCAACAUCAUCUGCUCCUUUAUAUUUGGGAAACGUUUCUCUUACCAAGAUCCUGAGUUCCUUCGACUCUUGGAAUUGUUAUCCCAAUCAUUUAGCCUCUUGGGCUCCUUCUCCUGCCAGAUGUAUGAGCUCUUCUCUGGCUUCUUAAAAUACUUCCCUGGCUCCCACAGAGAAGUCCUCAAAAAAAUGCGUGAGAUCAUCGCUUUCAUCCGUCGCAUUGUGGAGAAGCAUCGUGAGACUUUGGACUGCACUGCUCCCAGGGAUUUCAUUGACACCUACCUAAUUCAAAUGGACAAAGAAAAGUCUGACCCCAAUGCUGGCUUCCAUCAGAAGAACCUUAUCAUCACUGCAUUUGUACUCCUCCUUUCUGGAACAGAAACCACCAGCACUACACUCCGCUGUGCAUUCCUGCUCAUGCUUAAGUAUCCCCAUGUCGCAGAGAGAGUUCAGAAGGAGAUUGACCAAGUGGUUGGCUCACAUCGUGCUCCCACCCUCAAUGACCGAACCAACUUGCCAUACACAGUUGCAGUCAUCCAUGAGAUUCAGAGAUUUUGGGAUAUUGCCCCUAUUGGUAUGCCUCAUGCUGCCGUCACGGAUACACACUUCCGAGGCUACAUGAUCCCAAAGGGUACUGAUGUAUUCUUCAUCCUGAACACUGCUCUCCAUGACCCAAAUUACUUCAAGAAUCCAGAAACCUUCAACCCUGAGCGUUUUCUAGACUCCAAUGGGGCACUGAAGAAGAAUGACGCUUUCAUGCCUUUUUCAUUAGGGAAGCGCACUUGUCUUGGAGAAGGCAUGGCCUGCGCCGAAUUAUUCCUCUUCUUCACCACCAUCCUGCAGAACUUCAACUUGGCCACCACGAAGACCCCUGAAGACAUUGACCUCACUCCAAAGAAGUGUAGUGUGAACAUAAUACCCCCACUAUACAAGAUCAGCUUUCUGCUUCGAAGUGAAGAUUGACAGACCAGUUCAAAGGACCCUGAUUAAGAAUCCCCACGAUUAUUAAUAAUCCCAGCC